GAAAGAGAGAGAGAGAGAGCGGGAGAGAGAUAGAGAGAGAGGAGACUGACAGAAUCAGUCUGUGGUGAAGUACAUGUGGGCUCUUCCAGAUCCACCAUCACCUCUCCGCGCUCUAGCAUGACUCCAGCAGCUGCUCUGGAUUAAGACGCCGUGCGUAAAAGACGACCCCGAUGGAGCGGAGCAUGGUCCCGGGCUGGUGCGUGCUGCUGACCCUGGUCUGGCACGGGACGCGCUGCAUGGCGGCCAAGGAGCUCCAGUGCCAGGAGAUCUCCGUGCCCCUGUGCAAGGGCAUCGGCUACAACCGCACGUACAUGCCCAACCAGUUCCACCACGACACGCAGGACGAGGCCGGCCUGGAGGUGCACCAGUUCUGGCCGCUGGUGGAGAUCAAGUGUUCCCCGGACCUGAGGUUCUUCCUGUGCAGCAUGUACACGCCGAUCUGCCUGGACGACUACAAGAAGCCGCUGCCGCCGUGCAGGAGCGUGUGCGAGCGGGCCAAGGCCGGCUGCGCGCCGCUCAUGAGGCAGUACGGCUUCCCGUGGCCGGACCGGAUGAGGUGCGACCUGCUGCCGGAGCAAGGCAACCAGGACACGCUGUGCAUGGACCACAACGGGAGCCAGACCACGACCGCCUCCCCGGUGGUGGUGAAGCCGACCAACCGGCCCCUGAAGCCCUUCAACCCCAGGAAGAAGCCCGGCUACGGUCGCGGCAUCCCCGGGAAAGUCAAACCGGCAGCCCCACCGUGCGAGUCGGGCUGUUUCUGCCGCGCGCCCAUGGUGCCGGUGCCCGGAGACCACCACCCGCUGCACAACCGAGUCAAGACGGGGCAGAUCCUGAACUGUGCCAUGCCGUGCCACAACCCCUACUUCACCCAGGAGGAGAGGACUUUCACCGCCUUCUGGAUCGGACUGUGGUCCGUCCUCUGCUUCAUCUCCACCUUCGCCACCGUGGCCACUUUCCUCAUCGACAUGGAGCGGUUCAAGUACCCGGAGCGGCCCAUCAUCUUCCUCUCCGCCUGCUACAUGUUCGUGUCAAUCGGAUACAUCGUGAGGCUGAUCGCCGGACACGAGGAAGUGGCCUGCAACCGGGAGAACGGCGCGGAACACAUCCACUACGAGACCACGGGUCCCGCGCUGUGCACCAUCGUGUUCCUGCUCAUCUACUUCUUCGGCAUGGCCAGCUCCAUCUGGUGGGUGAUCCUCUCCCUCACCUGGUUCCUCGCCGCGGGGAUGAAGUGGGGGAACGAGGCUAUCGCCAGUUACGCACAGUACUUCCACCUGGCCGCCUGGCUCAUCCCCAGCAUGAAGUCCAUAGCGGUGCUGGCUCUGAGUUCCGUGGACGGGGACUCCGUGGCCGGGAUCUGCUACGUGGGGAACCAGAACCUGGAUAACCUGCGGGGCUUCGUGUUGGCACCGCUGGUCAUCUACCUGUUCAUCGGCACCAUGUUCCUGCUGGCCGGCUUCGUGUCGCUGUUCCGGAUCAGGAGCGUAAUCAAGCAAGGGGGGACCAAGACUGACAAGCUGGAGCGGCUGAUGAUCCGGAUCGGGGUGUUCACGGUCCUGUACACGGUCCCGGCCACUGUCAUCGUGGCGUGUUACUUUUACGAGCAGCACAACCAGCAGUCGUGGGAAAUUACGCACAACUGCACGUGCAAGACGGACCCGAGCAGGCAGAAGCCGGACUACGCGGUGUUCAUGCUGAAGUACUUCAUGUGCCUCCUGGUGGGCAUCACCUCGGGGGCCUGGGUCUGGUCCGGGAAGACGCUGGACUCCUGGAGGACGUUCUGCACGCGCUGCUGCUGGGGGAGCAAAGCCUCCGCGGGCUCCAUGUACAGCGACGUGAGCACGGGCCUGACGUGGAGGUCCGGCACGGCGAGCUCCGUGUCCUGCCCCAAACAGAUGCCUCUGUCCCGGGUCUGAGCGCAUCGUUCACCCCCUUGUCACAGGAACAAACAGACAAACUAUAGAACCAGCUCUUUUUGAAAAACGUUUUUUUAUUUGUUAAAUUAUUAUUGUGCCAGGUUCCAUCUUGGUCACGAGCACUCCUCUGAUGUGAACUUCUGAAAGUUACAGAAUCAGGUUGGGAACGUGUUCAUCCUCUGCCUUAUCCAAAUGACGUCCUUAUGUUUGAAU